AGAGCAGUGAGCGGGGCAGAGGGCUCACAUGGGCUCAGUGACUGCCUCCCCCCAGGCCUGUCCAUCGUCAUCGGGGACCUGCUGCGGCACAUCCCCCUGGCCGUGCUCUUUGGGAUCUUCCUCUACAUGGGCGUCACCUCGCUGAACGGGAUCCAGUUCUACGAGCGCCUGCACCUGCUGCUCAUGCCCCCCAAGCACCACCCCGACGUCACCUACGUCAAAAAGGUGCGCAGCCUGCGGAUGCACCUCUUCACGGCCCUGCAGCUGGCGUGCCUCGCCGUGCUCUGGGCCGUCAUGUCCACCGCCGCCUCCCUGGCCUUCCCCUUCAUCCUCAUCCUCACCGUGCCGCUCCGCAUGUGCCUGCUCACCCGAAUCUUCACCGCCCGCGAGCUGAAGUGUCUGGACGCGGAGGAGGCGGAGCCGAUCUUCGACGAGCGGGAAGGGGUGGACGAGUACAACGAGAUGCCGAUGCCCGUGUGAGGGGCACCAGCGAGCGACCCUGUGCAGGGCUGCGGGGCACAGGCAGGCCCCCGGCUGCUGCGCCAGGAGCUGCAGCGGCAUCGCCCGGACCUGCGCCGUCUC